CAGACUACGUUGGCAGUAUGUAAAAGAGGGUGCGCGGAUGCUCUUAACGUUCAGUCCUAACAAAUGCCUGAAGGAUUCACUUCCCAUCCAGAUCUUUCAUCUUGGAAGAACAGGAAAAGCCAUACAAGAUGAAAAGCAUCCUGAAGGACAAAACCCUAAAAGUGUCCCAUUUUGAGAUGCAGAGUCACUCUAUUGGUGCCGUGCGCUGGACGCUACCUGAGGAAGAUGUCCAGGUCCACAACUCUGCCCCCACCAGCCCCUUCAAGUGCUCCAGCACCCGCACAAACCGUUUACAGCAAAGGCAACAUCAGCAGGGCUUAAAGGAUCUUAAGAGUUUGCAAGAGUGCAUCAGAUUCAUCAACCAUUGGAAGGACCAAGUGGCACAAGUUUGUAAGGAUGAAACCGAUGCUGGUGAAGGGUGCAGCAAAUGGGCAGACCAACAGCCAGACCCCAAAACUGAGCGCAGUCUUGAAGAAAGUCGCAAACUCAUUAUGCUGUGGGCCAAUGAACUUCAAAGUGUAGACAAGCUGUCUAAAAAGCAUCCAUGGAUGAAGGAGAGGUUUGAUGAAGAACAUGAGGACACAAAGCAGAAUGUGGAUCACAAUGAGCUGGUGGACAAGAGAAUCAUGGAGUGGGCCAAAGAGCUACAGAGUGUAUCAGAGAGCUAUGGAAUGCUGGGAGAUGAGCUGGCACAGAUGUUGCGUCUCUUAGGACUGAGGAAGAAGAGGCUGGCUGGCCUCAUGCCACUACUGGAGUUCAUCACUUGGAGCUUGUUGAAAGACGAAAGCAAGGGCAUGGUUCCUCAUCUUUGGCUUUCAGCCAAGCAGCGCACCUGGAAAGCCGGCAUGUCACGAUACAUCCCAAAUUCAGUCUGGAGCUGGAUUGUCAGUGCAGCAGCUGAUGUAACACUUGAUCCAAUGACCAACCACCCCUGGUUGCAACUCUCUGAUGAUCAAAAGAAGGUUCAGGAGGCUCAUAAAGAGGCUGAUGUGGCCCACAGCCCUCAGCGUUUCAACAGCUGGCCCUGUGUCUUAGGCUGGGAAGGCUACAUGAGCGGCCGCCAUUACUGGGAACUUGAUAUAGCAAACAAUGGUUACUGGAAAGUGGGAGUGACAACUGCUUCGGCGAGGAGACAUGGUCGCUUUCCGAUGAUUCCUUCUAAUGGAUAUUGGUGCCUGUGGCGGAGCACAAGACAGUUCUUUGCCUGCACCGAUCCCGAAACAACCCUGCCACCUACUCUGGUGCCCCAAAAGAUGGGAAUCUACAUCGAUUAUGAAGAGGGACAGAUUUCUUUCUACAAUGCAGAGAACAAGUCACACAUCUACACCUUCACAGCAGACUUUCAUGAGAAGCUGUACCCAUUCUUUGCCCCACUGGAUGGUAGGACCCUUAUAACCAUCUGGUCCCCUAAAGAACUUCAAUCAAGCAAUCAAACCGGGCAGGUUUAAAAGAUCUGUGUUUCUGUUGAACAUCUAUAUCUCGACAAAUGAUUCAUAAUAAGGACAAAGUUAAAUAUAUUACACUUGAUAUACACAUUGCAAAACAAAGAGACCAAACCAGACCUUUCCAUUUGUUGGCUCUACGGUGGGCUGGACCCACUCAUUGAGAGCCAUUGAAACUAAAUGCUUUCAUCACACAGUAAACUUUGCCCUUAUUCAUUAUUUAAAAAUAAAUACUUAUUUUAUGUACACCUCUAACCAUUUAUAUAUCUAUGCUUGUGCUGUUAAUAAGCUUCUUCUCUGUCUGUGUAUUUAAUGUAAGUGAGAGUAUAUGUGUUUGGCACAAACAUUUCUAUAUUUUAUUCCAUCUUAAUACAUGAAUAAGAUAACAAGAAUCAAAUAUUUAUUAUGUCAGUGUUUAUGUGUAAAUAAUAUCUAUUAAAAGUGUAACCACUUUAUUUUUUAUAAAUGUUCUGGAUGAUCUGCUGUCUUAAUAAAAUGUAAUAAACACAGGA